CCCUUUUUAAGUGACACCAAACGCCGAAUAUUUAUUAUUUUUAUUUUUAAUUUUAACCUCUCCCACUGCACUAUCGCCAUCGCUCCACCGCCGCUCCUCCGCCGUGCUCCGCCGCAGUUUCUCUCUCUAAAAGCUCGGACUAAAGGAGCAACCUACAUCUAUCCUUGUCUCUCUAGAGCUGAAUUGAUAAGCUCGAGCUGAUAAAUAGAUCUAAACCGUUAAAAGAGUAGAAGUGACGGUUCUCAUUUUUUUUUUCUGUGUAAACUGUAUCUAUCUAGCCGGGGAGCUGCAUUGCAUUGUGACUGAUUAUAAUGGAUCGGAGGAGUUGGCCGUGGAAGAAGAAAUCUUCUGAUAAAUCAGCUGCUGAGAAAAUUCCUGCAACUACAGUGGACUCAGCUACAGAUUCAAAUGCCGCUCAGGGUGAUGAGAGCAAGCAGGAAAACUUCAAGAAACCAAAAUAUGUGCAAAUUUCGGUUGAGUCGUAUUCACAUCUCACGGGACUGGAGGAUCAAGUGAAGUCCUAUGAGGAACAGGUUAAAGUGUUAGAGGAUGAGGUUAAGGACUUAAAUGAAAAACUGUCUGCAGCUGAAGAUGAAAUGACUAAUAAGGACAACCUGGUGAAACAGCAUGCUAAAGUUGCUGAGGAAGCCGUCUCAGGUUGGGAAAAAGCCGAGUCGGAAGCUGCAGCACUGAAGAAUCAUCUGGAAUCUGUCACGCUGUUAAAGCUUACCGCUGAAGACCGUGCAUCGCACUUGGAUGGUGCUCUAAAGGAGUGCAUGAGGCAGAUACGAAACUUGAAGGAAGAGCAUGAACAAAAAUUGCACGAUGUGGUUGUUAAUAAAACGAAACAGUUUGACAAGAUGAAGCUUGAGUUUGAAGCGAAGAUGUCUAACUUGGACCAAGAGUUGCUCAGGUCUGCUGCAGAAAAUUCUGCACUUUCGAGAUCUUUGCAAGAGCGUUCUAACAUGCUGGUUAAGCUCAGUGAGGAAAAAUCACAAGCCGAAGCAGAGAUAGAACAUCUGAAGGGCAAUAUUGAAUCUUGCGAGAAGGAGAUAAAUUCUCUAAAAUAUGAACUUCAUAUUGUUGCCAAGGAGGUGGAAAUUCGCAACGAGGAAAAAAAUAUGUGCGCCCGAUCUGCAGAAGUCGCAAACAAACAGCAACUGGAAGGGGUAAAAAAGAUUGCUAAGCUUGAAGCAGAGGUCCAAAGACUACGUGGUCUUGUACGAAAGAAGCUGCCUGGCCCUGCGGCGCUUGCUCAAAUGAAGCUCGAGGUCGAGAGUUUAGGUCGUGACUAUGAAGAAACUCGGUUGAGGAAAUCUCCAGGAAAGCCUCCUAGCAGCCCACACCAUUCCAUGCCCGAUUUUUCAUUUGACCAUAUGCACAAGUACCAAAAAGAAAACGAGCUUCUAACAGAGCGCCUUUUGGGAAUGGAAGAGGAAACAAAGAUGUUGAAAGAAGCUUUGGCAAAACGUAACAGCGAACUACAAAUCUCCAGGAGUACAUGUGCAAAGACUGCGAGCAAACUUCAAAGUUUGGAGACAAUGCUGCAAGUGAAUGGCGAUUACACAAGUCCUUUGAAGCACAAUAUGCAUAUCAGACAGAAUGCAAGUAACCUUCGAAGCUUGGCCUCCAUGUCUGAAGAUGGUAAUGACGAUACAAUAAGUUGUGCCGAGUCCUGGACUGCAGCAUCAAUGCCUGAGCUCUCGCAUAUCAAGAAGGAUAAUAUCUUUGAAAGUCCACACAAGUCUGAAAGUGCAAGUCACCUGGAGCUUAUGGAUGACUUCUUGGAGAUGGAGAAAUUAGCAUAUCUUUCAAAUGAUUCAAAUCGGGGAGUUUCAAGUUCAGAUGGUUUAUCUGAAGUUAAGAACACGAAUACCUCAGCCCCAGAAACUCAGGCAUCUUCUAACAAGGAAGUAUCAGAACCUAAUCACCAACCAUUCAUGAAACUGCAGUCCAAAAUUUUAAUGAUAUUUGAGUCAAUGUCUAGCGAAGCUGACAUGCAAAAGGUCUUGGAGGAUAUUAGACGCACUGUGCAGGAAAUGUCCGAGACUUCGAAUCCCCAUUCAGCAACAAAUGAUGUUGAGGCUUUGCCAUCUUCUGAUGCUUCAACUAAACGUGAUGAUAAUAUUUCAGUCUCUCAGAUCAGCCAAGAAUUGGCAGAUGCUAUCUGUCAGAUUCAUGACUUCGUAAUGUUCAUAGGCAAAGAAGCAAAGGCUGUGCAGGGCACCUCCAUAGAUGGAAAUGGACUCUAUGAAAAGCUCGAUGAGUUCUCUGCAACAUACAUGGAAGUUGUAAGCAGCAAAGUUAGCCUCGUAAAAUUUGUUCUUGACCUCUCUCUUGUGUUAAGUAAAGCGAGUGAACUACAUUUCAAUAUUCUGGGUUACAAAAAUUCUGAAACGGAGAUUAGUUCCGCUGAUUGCAUAGACAAGGUUGCUUUACCAGAGAACAAAGGUCAGCAGCACAUGGUAGAUGGAUACUCAAAUGGUUGUGCCCGCUUGUCCGAUUCUGCCUCGGAUCCCGAUAUUCCUCAUGAUGGAAGUCUUGUUCCUACAUCCGAGUCAUGGAAAUGCUCGUCUGAGGAGUUUGAAAAUUUGAAAUUAGAGAAAGAAAAUCUGAUGGUUGACCUAGGUAGACGCACUGAAAAUCUAGAAAGCACGAAAUCCCAGUUGGCUGAGACCGAGCAGUUACUGGCAGAGAUUAAGUCCCAGUUAAUAUCUGCUCAGAAGUCAAACAGUUUGGCGGAGACACAGCUUAAAUGUAUGGCGGAGUCAUAUAAUUCGCUUGAAACACGUGCAGAGAACUUACAAGCCGAAGUUAAUGUUCUUCAGGCGAAAAUAGAAACUCUGGGUGUUGAACUUCAAGAAGAGAAAAAGGGUCAUCAUGAUGCUCUAGCCAGAUGCAAGGAUCUUCAAGAACAACUGGAAAUGAUUGAAAGUUCAAAAGCUGAGAUUGAUGCAAAGAAAGCCCAGGAGAAAGAGUUAGCAGCUGCAGCAGAAAAGCUUGCAGAAUGUCAAGAAACAAUAUUUCUUCUCGGGAAGCAGUUGAACUCUUUGCGUCCUCAGGCAGAGUUCAUAGGCUCCCCACAGAGCCCGAGAAGUCAGAAAGGGGAAGGCUUGAACGAAGAACCAACUAUAAGCGGGUUGAGCUUGCAUGAUGCUGAUCUGACUAAGAUAGACACUGCUGCUUCUCCCAAUCGGAAGCUGAACCUAGAGUCUCAAAUGGAACUAUACGAAGCUCGUUUUAGCCCCUCAGACUCUGAAUCAAACAACCCAAUGAGGUCACCUGUCAGCUCAAAACACCGGCCUACAAGGUCGAGUAUUCCUUACCCAGCUUCUGCCCAGACACCCGAGAAGCACUCCCGAGGGUUCAGCAGAUUCUUCUCAUCAAAAGGAAAAAGCGGGAGUUAAAGAGCUUGCAUCUUGCAGGCUUAACACCAUGGUGCUCUUUUAACAGUUCAUACAAUAAAACAUGAAAACACAGAAGCUCAACUGAAGAAGUCCUGUAGAUAAAAGUAGAGACCCCUUCUCAACCCGGCCUUGGUUCAUACAAGAGUUGCUGUGGAAUUUCAAGACAUGAGGCUUGAUAUCAUACAUUUGAGCUUGGAGGCAUACUGAAAACUAGUAAGUUCAGGGAUCUUUGUGAAUUUUUUUUUAUUUUUUUUCCUUCUUGGAUCUGAAAAUGUUGGUGAAACAUAUAUAUCUCAUUCUGCUAGAAAUUCCAAAACUGUAGCCGUUCUGAUUGUUGUGUUUCAUCUCAGAGGAUGAUGCUCUCUGAUUACUGUAUGAAGUUUUUGUUUAAAUGGGUGUAUAUGAUUUUUUGUGUCUA